AUGGGGUUACCAUAUCAGGGAGUCUCCUUCAAGAACUAUAUGUUAUCUUUGACCAACAGAGUUACGGGCACAUUGUCUGAGAUAGAAGAUGUCUCAGAGGAAGCCAACGGGCGAAGAUUAGGAAUAUUGAGUAAAGAUACAGAUGAAAUAAUCGACGUAUGGAAUUGGUUCGAGCAGGGAGGCCACGACAGUACAGCAGUCAGAAGGUUAUGGGAGUAUAGUCUCAGAAGUUGUAUAAAGCUAGAAGCCUGGUGGAAUAAUUUGCAAAAUAAGGGAGUAUCCGAGGGCAGAUAUGAUCAGGGACCAUGUCAUAUCAAUGAGAUCCAAGUGGGAGGGGGACAGAUAGGAUUUGGGACAGAUUGUCAGAUACACAAAAGCGAAUUAGCAUGGAACCAGAAAGGGUCUUUGCGGCAUAUCCAAGGGAAAGGUCAAGAAAAUCGUAGUUUAGCUAUCUGUAGGGAUCUGGUGACUCAGGUGAUGUUAGCGUUUGAGAUGAUAAGUAGCAGUACCCAGAGCCGAGAUAAAUUAAAGCAGGAGAAUCCCUGCAUGAGAUUAUAUCGAGGCUUAGUACAAUGGGGAGGGGAAGCCGUAGCCCAUGAAGUAAUGAAGGAUUGGUUUACAGGCGAAGGAAACUGCAUGGGGGGCGGAGGAUUUUCCUCAUGUUUGAAGGGUUUAGAUUUAUAUGAAGUUGUAAGUGAAAUCUUAUAUGGAUACCAGAAAGGAGAUAAAAAUAUAAGUUGCCAAAAGGUGCCUAAGGAGAUCUCCGAUGAAAAAACCGAGCAGGAAGAAUACCGUCUAAGUGGAGUAGAAGGGGCCUCCUUCUCUAGCUGUGCUUCAGGUGGCCAAACGUGUGAGGAUAGGUUAAGAGUCCAUGACGGAGAGGUAGAGCUUCAUGAUUUAACCACACCGGCCGAGCUCACCGAGAGAAGUCAGGGAAGGGGGGACCCCUCUCCUGGAUUCCCUGUAGGACAUAAUUCAGGGACUUCUGGGAUGAGUGGAGAUUCCAAAAUGAGACAUGAGAAUGAGGAGUCGUAUGAUAGUACUGGUCAGAUGUUACAGAAUGAUGUCAAAAGAGUUUUUUCAGAUCGUGUGCCCCUGGCCGAAGUUUUGGGGGGAAUAUUGGCUUCCUUAGGUUCUGUGGCAGCACUUUAUGGAUAUUAUAGGAUAUAUUAUUUAGGUAGAGGCCGUCAGCGGAAGUGCAAGAGUUCCAGAGGGAAUAACAUGGCGGUUACCUAUGCGUCAUUAUGA